AUGAUGAGUCAACAGUAUUCCGAGAUCUUCCAGGAUUAUCCUCCAAAUCGAUCGCCAGCGACCAGUCGAGGAGCUUAUGGCAAUAUGACGCUUAAUCGCCAAUCAUCGCGACAAUUUAUGGACAAUUAUCAAGCACCUCUUCAAAAUGGAGGAGGACUUUACGCUUCUGACGACGCAUCACAAUACAACGGAAAUCAAGCCGCUUACAGAGGUCCUUCCAACAACGUGAAUUAUGCCUACGAAAGUCAGACUUGGAACUAUGGAGGUGCGAAUGGCGCUAGCACAAUGGGCACAGCAGGCCGUAUGAGACCUCAACAACAACAAGCUCGCAGAGCUGAAAUCCCAUCUGGUUGGAUGAAUCCAGGUACUCCAUCCCUCGGCGGUCCAAUCACCCAAACGUCCUUACAACAGCAUAACUUGUCUGGCAUGUUUGAACAACCUCAGCAUUCCCAUCGUUCACCCCCACCACCAAAUCAGCAAAGUGACCACGAAGAGCUAAUCCCAACCGCUAUCGUCAUUAAAAAUAUUCCUUUUGCGGUGAAGAAAGAACAACUGACAGAAAUGAUGUCUAACAUGGGAUUGCCAUUGCCAUAUGCCUUUAACUAUCACUUUGAUAAUGGGGUUUUCAGGGGUUUAGCAUUCGCUAACUUUACUGAUGCUCGCGAAACGCAACAAGUCAUCGAUGCCUUGAACCACAUGGACUUGCAAGGACGAAAGCUCCGAGUAGAGUACAAGAAGAUGCUUCCCGCUGCAGAGCGCGAUCGAAUCGAACGCGAUAAGAGAGAAAGACGCGGUCAGCUUGAAGAGCAACAUCGCGCACCAAAUGUCAUGUCCACUGGCUCCCUUCAUACCGCAGGAUCCAUGACUUCCAUGAAUUCCGGCCUGAGAACUACAUCCCCUUCACCUGUAAACAUGCGUCAGAAUGUUGCCACCACUAAUGGUACCGCUGCAGAGUACGAUUUGAAUGAUCCAACGACAUUGAACUAUUACACCGAGCUACUCUUCUUCAAACAAGAUGCCGAAAGAGAAGUUUUGACAUUCGCGCCUACAGUUUCUCCUGCGGACCGAAGAAUAAUCCACACCUUGGCUCACAACAUGGGAUUAGAUCACCAUUCCCAAGGACAUGGCGAACUUCGUCAAGUACAAAUUGUCAAGCCCAAGCUUGCCAGCCCACCUUUGAACUCAAUCCAAGCUGGAUAUUAUAACGAAUCCCAACGUCGUGGACUCAACCGAGCUGCGACGAUCGAUUUUAGUGAGCAGCGAGCCAAUGACGCCGCCUACCAAAUGCACACGCUGGGCCGACAAGGUUCCGGUCUCCUGGAUAUCCCAGGUUCUCCAGGGGUACGUGAUCUACUUAGUGGUGAUCGUAAUUUACGAACCGCCAAAUCGUUUGCGGACUUGCGCUCUUACACGCCAUCGCCUGUACCAUCGUCGGCGAGCUUCCCAGCUAAUAUGACCCAGAACAUUGCCAGAUUCCAAGGCAACGAUUAUGGUCUUGGAUCAGUUACCGGUGGAACUCCCAACUUGACUCCUACGUCCGCAGGACCCUUAGGUCUCAGAGAGGAUGCAUUCCUUGCCAACGGCAUGAGCAACAUGUCACUUGGAUACGAUCGUCAACCCCGUUCGAACGCGCCCGGACGCAUUGGUCAGGAAAGAGAUAGCUACACAUCAAACGCUGGUCCUAUUGGAAGCCAGCGUCCAGUCAAUGGAAGCCUCGAAGAUAGCAGCUCCAGAAAUGGACAAAGUGCAGUUCCAGAGAGACAACCAAGGGGCCCUACAAGUGACCAAUGGGGAUCAGGAUUCUCCCGCAACAGACAAAAUGGUCAUGGUAGCAAAAGCAGUGAUGAUUCAUCUGAGCGAAACGGAUUCACCUCUGCAUCUCGGUUCAUGUAA